CAACAGUCGUGUGGUGAAAAUGGCAGCACACGAUCACCAGCAGCACUUCUCCCUGUGUUUCUGCGACCUCCUCAGGUUGUUGUGGUCCCUGGUUGUUCCCUGCGCCUACCUCAGCCUGCUCCUGACCCUGGUGCUGCUGCUGCUCCUGCUCGGGCUCCGCGUGUGGCUGCAGGGCCGCCGCAAGGCCCGCCGGGCUCAGGACGGCGGCCCCGCGGUGGCGUUCUUCCACCCGUACUGCAGCGCCGGAGGAGGCGGGGAGCGGGUCCUGUGGUGCUCCCUGAGGGCUCUCAUGCACCGAUACCCCCGCGUGUCCUUCGUGGUUUACACGGGCGAUCAGGGAGUGACCGGGGAGCGGAUCCUGGAGGGAGCUCGACAGCGUUUCAACAUCACGCUGCCUCGACCCGUCACCUUCAUCUUCCUGCGUCACCGCGGCCUGGUGGAGGCCGCGUCCUACCCUCACUUCACCCUGCUGGGCCAGAGCGCCGGCUCCAUGUUCCUCGGCUGGGAGGCUCUGACGGCCUUUGUUCCUGACCUUUAUGUGGACUCCAUGGGCUAUGCCUUCACCCUGCCGAUCUUUCGCUACCUGGGAGGCUGUAAGGUGGCGAGCUACGUCCACUAUCCCACCGUCAGCACGGACAUGCUGUCUGUGGUCAGAGAGAGAAACGCCAGGUUCAACCACGCUGACUUCAUCUCCAGGAACCCUGCGCUGAGUGCAGUGAAGGUGGUGUACUACUGCUGCUUUGCUCUGCUGUACGGCCUGGCCGGUUCCUGCAGCGACGUCGUCAUGGUGAACUCCACCUGGACGCUGGGACACAUCCUGGCUCUGUGGCGCUCCCCGAGCCGCACCAGCAUCGUAUACCCACCUUGCGACGUCAGGGCCUUCCUGGACAUCCCGCUGGAGGAGGAGGACGAGGAUGAGAUGGAAGAGGGCUGGGAGGAGCUUGGACGGGAGCUGGGGAGUGGAGAGGAAGAGGACGGAGGGGGAGGGGACAGGAAGUGCCACUCCAUCGUGUCAGUGGGUCAGUUCAGGCCAGAGAAGGACCACCGGCUGCAGAUUCGAGCGUUUCGCAAACUGUUGGACGGGAAAGGGGACGGCCCCGGGGGGCGAGAGUCCCUGCGGCUGGUGCUGAUCGGUGGAUGCAGGAACCAGGAGGACGAGGAGAGGGUGCUGAUGCUGCGGGGGCUCUGUCAGGAGCUGGGGGUGUCGGACCGAGUCGAUUUCAAACUGAACGUCCCGUUUGAGGAGCUGAAGACGGAGCUGGUGGACGCCACCAUCGGUCUGCACACCAUGUGGAACGAACACUUUGGCAUAGGUGUCGUGGAGUGCAUGGCUGCGGGCACCAUCGUUCUCGCUCACAAGUCCGGAGGUCCAAAGCUGGACAUCGUGGUGCCGUACGAGGGCGGACAGACGGGUUUCCUGGCCGACAGUGAGGACAGCUACGCCGCUGCCAUGGAAACCAUCCUGGCGCUGUCGCCAGCAGCUCGACUGGAGAUCCGACGAAACGCCCGGCGCUCCGUGGAACGAUUCUCCGACCAGGAGUUCGAGGCGUGUUUCCUCGCUGCCGUGGAGACACUGAUGAGUGAACUGGAGCGCUGAGGAAGAACAGACGAGGCCUGGUGUCCACCAGGGACCAGGACUUUGUGGUUUUUGGGUUGAAGCCGUGGUUAAAGGGAUUUCUGUGGUUAAAACAAACUUCCAGCAUUGUUAGUAAACGGUGACACGGUGUCUCAUUGUCAAUCAAAUAUAAAAGAAAGGACGUGGAGCUGGUACAGAGAAGUUUCUGGUGGACACCCAGAGCUAAGCAUCAGCAGAGCUGGACACAGGUGAAGUUCUGUUCCUUCUAACACGAAACGGAGCUGCCAUCAGAAAAUCUCUGUAACCGCUCCACAGUCAGACCUGACCGACCUCCAGCCCACAGCUGAUCCCUCAGCAUCACGCACUUUAAUUAAACAUAAAAGUCCCAUUGGUUCGUGGUUAAUCAGUUAAUCAGUUGUUGGGGCUGAUGUGACGCUGACUAACAGCUGAUCAGAAACCCGGAGGGUCAGACUUUCACUCCAAGCUUUUUACCCGCCACCGCUGACAGACUCAAAACAGCAGAGCCGCUACGAUUAAUCAGUUAGUCGAUUGAAAGAAAAUUAAUCUGCAGCUACUUUGAUAAGUGAUUAAUGAUCUAAGUCGAUCAAAGACUGUCGGACAUUCAGUGGUUGAUUAUCUGUUGCUCAUCUCAGUCUUACAUUGUAAUAAACCGACGCCGACCUGUGUUUACGAUGUUUCAUAGACCAAACCAACUGAAAAAUAACGGGCAGAUUAAUUGAUAAUGAAAAUCAUCACUAGUCGCAGCCUUUGUGUGGAGAUGAUUUAUAUGUAUGAGUUCAUACUGAAGUGAUUCUGAUCAUUUUGGGUUCAUUAUUUCUCCUAAACAGAUGUGAGGGGGUUUAAAAUGGUAUUUUACUGCGUGAAGAAGUUAAAUGAAGACUUUUCUGUGUAGAGAGAAGAAGCAGGUCGUUGGGUUAGGUGAUGGACAAAUCUCUCUUAUUUAAACGCUGCUUCACUUCCUGCAUUCCUGUCUGUGACGACGUCCAGGGUUGGAAAUAUAAUGAUGUGUGAAUUAUUAAAAGAAUCUUUUAUUUUGAAAGAGGCA